AUGGGACGUAUCAUCCGAACCUGUCGUAAGGGUGCCGGAGGCAUCUUCAAGGCCCGUACGCGAACCCGAAAGGGCGCCGCCAAGUACCGAUCCCUCGAUUUCGCCGAGCGACACGGUUACAUCAAGGGUGUCGUUAAGGACAUCAUCCACGACCCUGGCCGAGGUGCUCCCCUUGCCCGAGUCCAGUUCCAGGAUCCUUACAAAUACGGUAAGGACAACGAGCUCUUCGUUGCUGCCGAAGGUACCUCCACCGGCCAGUUCAUCUACGCCGGAAAGAAGGCUCAGCUCUACAUCGGCAACGUCAUGCCCAUCGGCAACAUGCCCGAAGGUACUGCAUGCUGCGGUGUCGAAGCCAAGAUCGGCGACCGAGGUGUCCUCGCCAAGGGCUCCGGAAACUCCUGUGUCAUCAUCUCCCACAACACCGACACUGGCAAGACCCGAAUCAAGCUUCCAUCUGGCUCCAAGAAGGUCCUCGACUCCCGAUGCCGAGCUACCGUCGGUGUCGUCGCCGGUGGUGGACGUAUCGACAAGCCUCUCCUCAAGGCUGGCCGAGCCUACCACAAGUACAAGGUCAAGCGUAACUGCUGGCCUAAGGUUCGUGGUGUUGCUAUGAACCCCGUCGAGCAUCCCUUCGGUGGUGGUAACCAUCAGCAUAUUGGUAACCCAUCUACCAUCACCCGACGGGCCUCUCCCGGUAAGAAGGUCGGUCUCAUCGCCGCCCGACGAACUGGUCUCGUCCGAGGUACCCGAACUAUCAAGGAUAAGGAGUAA